CUCUGUUUUUUUAUAUACAUGGGUUGGUUCUGGAACACCGGAGACACAAAGAUCAUGACUUGAUGAACAAGAUUUGAUCUUUUGAAUGCCAAAAAGGGCCAAUGGCAAGAAACGGCAGAGGGGAGGGAGAAGACUACUUGCCCGACAACAACAAGAACCAAACGGGUUUGUUCAAGCUCUUCCAAGUUGUCUCCUUUUUGGUCGUUUUUGUUGUGGGUGUGGUCAUAGGAUUGGCCACAAGCGCCCACAUCAACCGUCAUUUCGGUUCCCAAACCGAGAUUUAUUCUUUCAUCAACCACUUCUCUUCUCCUUCCAACGACACAACACCACCGCCGGAGAAGGAGCAGACCAAAUGCUGCACGGCUUCAGUUGCACCGAGUUGCGAGAGGGUUGAUUGUUUGAGCAUGGAGACAUUUCUGGAGCCGAAUAACUUGACACAUGGUAUGACGGAUACUGAGCUGUUUUGGAGAGCUUCCAUGGUUCCGAUAACGAAAGAGUAUCCGUAUCAGAGAGUGCCUAGAGUUGCAUUCAUGUUUAUGACUAGAGGGCCGUUGCCUUUGAUGCCAUUGUGGGAGAGGUUCUUUCAGGGGGUUGACAAUAAGCUUUUUACAGUUUAUAUCCAUGUUGAUCCGGGGUAUAAGGUCAAUGCAUCCACCAGUUCUCCAUUUUACCGACGCGAAAUUCCUAGUCAGCCUGUUUCGUGGGGAACUGUUACACUGGUUGAUGCAGAAAAGCGACUUUUAGCUAAUGCAUUGCUUGAUUUCUCAAAUGAGCGCUUUGUUCUCCUCUCUGAGAGUUGCAUCCCAGUCUAUAACUUUCCUACAGUGUACAAGUAUCUCAUUGGUUCCAAGUAUAGCUUUGUUGAAUCAUAUGACAAUCCUGGACGUUUCGGCCGUGGGCGUUACAGCCGUAAAAUGCUUCCUCAUAUUCAGCUGUAUCAGUGGAGAAAAGGGUCUCAGUGGUUUGAACUUAGCCGCACUUUAGCUACUAUUAUAAUCGCAGAUGUAAAGUACUACACCUUGUUUAGCAAUUAUUGUUUGCCUGCUUGUUACCCAGAUGAGCAUUACCUGCCUACUUACUUCAAUAUGUUCCAUGGUUCAUUGAACUCUAAUCGAACCGUGACUUGGGUGGACUGGUCUGUGGGAGGACCACACCCUGCAAUGUAUGGUGGAGAUAAUGUUACAGAAGAUUUUGUAAGGUCUAUAAGGAAUAAUGGAGCACUUUGUCAGUACAAUUCAGAGAUGACAUCCAUUUGUAACCUAUUUGCUCGUAAGUUUGCUCCGACAGCAUUGGAGCCUUUGCUUGAGCUAGCCUCAUCCGUGAUGGAAUUUUGAGAACCUUGGUUCAUUUGGUAGAUA